AUGCCGCCGCCGUUGCCGUCCAAGUCGCUUUUCGGAUGGCUUCCCAUAGUCUGGCGGAUCACCGAGGCAGAGGUGCUAGAGUACGCGGGACUUGACGCUUUCGUGUUUCUGGGCUUCUUUAAAAUGAGCAUCAAGCUGCUAUCCAUUUGUUGGCUAUUUUCCAGCAUCAUUAUCUCGCCAAUUCGCUACUAUUUCACGGGAGACUACGAUCAGGGCGACGGCAACGAUAAAACUGCCUCGGAUUCGCCCUCAGAGGCCACAGAUUACUACACCUAUCUCUGGGUAUACGUCAUAUUCACCUACAUUUUCACGUUUGUUACAAAACAUUUCCUAAUGCAGCAAACGCGCAAAGUCAUUGAGUGUCGCCAAAAAGUGCUUGGGAGCCAGAAAUCGGUCACCGACAGAACUAUCAGACUUAGUGGGAUUCCCCCAGAGCUGCGUAACGAGCGCGCGUUGCGAGACACUAUUGAGUCUCUUGGAAUUGGUAAAGUCUCCAAAAUCGUCAUUUGUCGAGAGUGGAAGAAGCUGGAUACGCUCUUCCAUCAAAGAGAUCGCAUAAUCCGCAGUCUCGAGAUUUACUGGGCACAGUACAUUGGUACAACAAAGAACCCAACGUUCAAUAUCCGUCCUUAUGCCGAAAGCUCGUAUCCACUUACUAGAGAUAGUCAUAGAUACAGAGACGACGAUGAGGAGGCUGCAGACGAGUCAAUAAGCACAGAAAAUGACAUUUCUGAGUCAGACAUCCUCGACUACGAGUACACCUCGAAUACCGCAGUUGAAUACGAUGCAGACUCGUCAACAGACUCUAAUCCUUUUGGCACGUUUGGCUCCGCUGUGUACAAAAAAAGACCCCAGAUCAAGCUGGGUUUCAAAGGAUUAUGGGGAAAGUCGGUGGAUGCUAUUGAUUACUACACUCAGCAGUUGAAAGUCAUUGACGAAGAAAUACUUGCAGCACGUCAAAGACACUAUCCUGCCACCCCCACAGCAUUCAUUACUAUGGAUUCUGUUGCAACCGCACAAACUGUGGCUCAGGCCGUUUUGGAUCCGCGUGUCAGCUUCCUAAUUACUCGACUGGCUCCUGCUCCCAAGGAUAUCAUCUGGGAGAACGUCACACUGCCUCGUAAAGAUAGGGUGUUGAAGAUUUACUACAUUACCAUUAUCACUGGAAUUGUGGGAGUGGCCUUUAUUUUCCCCGUUGGUUAUCUGGCUACCUUGCUGAACUUGAAAACCAUUAGCAAGUUUUGGCCCGACCUGGGCGAUCUCCUAGAAAAACACGAAUGGGCACAGAGAUUUGUCACUGAGCUUUUACCGGUGUACAUUUUCACGUUCUUGAAUUUUGUGAUUCCACUGUUGUACGUGUGGCUUUCUUCAAGACAAGGAUUUAUCUCGCACGGAGAAGAAGAGUUGUCAGUGGUGUCAAAAAACUUCUUCUAUGUGUUUGUCAAUUUGUUCCUGGUGUUCACGAUGGCGGGUACUGCGUCGAAUUAUUGGGGUUAUCUUAGUGACUCCAAGAAACUGGCUCUCCAGCUCGCCACUUCCCUGAAAGGAUUGUCGACUUUCUACGUCGACACAAUUCUUCUUCAAGGCUUGGCGCUGAUGCCGUGCAAACUGUUAGUUCUGGGCCAUAUCAUGCGCUUCGUGCUGAUAAAGGCCAAAUGCAAGACCCCAAGAGACUACAGAGAACUUUACCGGCCACCGUUGUUCAACUUUGGACUCCAUCUACCUCAUCCGCUUCUGAUUCUCAUCAUCACUCUGUUGUACAGUGUCAUGUCCACCAAGAUCUUGUCCUCCGGUCUCGCAUACUUUGUUGUUGGAUAUUUUGUCUACAAGUACCUGCUGAUCUACACGUGCAUCCAUCCUCAGCACUCGACCGGCCAGGUGAUGCCAAUAAUCUUCCGCAGAGUGGUUUUGGGACUGCUUCUUUUCCAGCUGACCGUGGCGGGGUCUCUGGCACUGAACAACGCUUACAUUCUUGCCAUGUGUCUUAUUCCGCUUCCAUUUUUGACCAUCCUGUACUCGUGGAACUUUGAGCGCAAUUACCUACCAUUAAGUUUCUACAUUGCUCUACGGGCCAUCGACAAGGAGCCUACUGUGGAGCCGAAUAGCCAGAUCUCGUCUGGCAACCUUUCUGGCCAUGUCUUGGCGAACGGGGUGAGUCUCUCGUCGCUACGUUCGAGCACCAUUGACGAGCGCAGAGAAUUCAAUCAAACGUACGAAUAUCCGCACCUGGUUCAAAGUUUGGACGGGCCAUGGCUCGCGGUCAAUUCGGAACAGGUGGUGAUGGCCACCGCAGACGGAACCAUUAGAAAACGGUUUACUUUGGAAGAGUAUUAA